GAUUUGGUGACGAGUCUAUUGCGUCAUAACCAGGCAACAUGGCGCCGAUGUUGGUCUCGCUGAAAUGUGGAUUUUAUUACCAAAGACGGAGAUUAGCUGUUCUGUUUCGCCAAACGAGUUCGUAUCACGCGUGGAACAAAAGUGAGAAACCCAGCAGAUUGGAUCCUAAACAUCAGAGAAGAUAUCUGUUAAAUUCACCUUCAAAUCUCAGAACAGCAUCAUGGCAUGUCGGCAGGAGCGAAAACAGUCGGCAGAUAUUGGAAGCAGCCAAACAUUUGCAGGUCAACCACACGAGAACGUGUUGGCAUGGAAGUGCAGGUGGCCGUCUAAAUGCGGAUCCCAAAAAUGUGCUGAAGGAGGUCAACUCUACCCAGAUCCUAUCUGCAAUGCUGUCCUACGUGUGGCCAAAGGACCGACCAGACCUCAGGGCCCGAGUUGUCCUCUCUCUUGGGCUCCUUGCUGGAGCAAAGAUGACUAAUGUGACGGUGCCGUUCAUGUUUAAGUAUGCGGUGGACGAACUCAACCAGAUGUCGGGACACAUGCUGAACCUGAGUGACGCGCCAAGCACUGUGGCUACCAUGGCAACGGCGGUGCUGAUUGGCUACGGCGCCUCGCGGGCCUGCGCCUCCCUCUUCAACGAGCUGCGGAACGCCGUGUUCGGCAAGGUGGCCCAGAGCUCCAUCCGCCGCAUCGCCAAGAACGUCUUCCUGCACCUGCACAACCUGGACCUGGGCUUCCACCUCAGCCGCCAGACGGGCGCGCUCUCCAAGGCCAUCGACCGCGGCACACGGGGCAUCUCCUUCGUGCUCAGCGCCCUGGUGUUCAACCUGGGCCCCACCAUCUUCGAGAUGGGCCUGGUCAGCGCCAUCCUGUACUACAAGUGCGGCGGGCACUUUGCGGCCGUGGCGGUGGGCACCUUAUCGAUGUACGCGGCCUUCACCAUUCUGGUCACUCAGUGGAGGACCCGCUUCCGGAUAGAGAUGAACAAGGCAGACAACGAGGCAGGCAACGCCGCCAUCGACUCUCUGCUCAACUACGAGACCGUCAAGUACUUCAACAAUGAAAAGUACGAGGCAGAGCGAUACGACAACUACCUGAAGACCUACGAGUCGUCGUCACUGAAGACCACCAGCACGCUGGCGCUGCUCAACUUCGGCCAGAGUGCCAUCUUCAGCGUGGGCCUGACUGGCAUCAUGGUGCUCGCCAGCAAGGGCAUCAUGGCAGGUACGAUGACGGUGGGAGACCUGGUCAUGGUCAACGGCCUGCUGUUCCAGCUCUCGCUUCCCCUCAAUUUCCUGGGCACCGUGUACCGAGAGACCAGACAAGCGCUCAUAGACAUGCACACGUUGUUCACCCUGCUCAGCGUCGACCCCAAGAUCAAGGAGCGUGAUCUGGCCCCGAUGCUGGCGGUCGAACCGCAGGACGCCACCAUCCGCUUCGAGGACGUGUACUUCGAAUACAUGGACGGCCAGAAGGUGCUGACGGGCGUGUCCUUCGACGUGCCCGCGGGGAAGAAGGUGGCCAUCGUCGGUGGCAGCGGGUCAGGGAAGAGCACCAUCGUGCGACUGCUGUUCCGCUUCUACGAGCCCCAGCAGGGGAACAUCUACAUCGGGGGCCAGAACAUCCGGGACGUCAGCCUGGACAGCCUGCGCAGGGCUCUGGGUGUCGUGCCACAGGACGCCGUGCUGUUCCACAACACCAUCUACUACAACCUGCUGUACGGCAACAUCCACGCGUCGCGGGAGGACGUGUACCAGGUGGCGCGGCUGGCGGGCCUCCACGACGCCAUCCUCAAGAUGCCCCACGGUUACGACACGCAGGUCGGCGAGAGGGGACUCAAGCUAUCGGGAGGGGAGAAGCAGCGGGUCGCCAUCGCCCGGGCCAUCCUCAAGCAGCCGCCCAUCCUGUUGUACGACGAGGCCACGUCCUCCUUGGAUUCCAUCACAGAAGAGAACAUUCUCAAUUCAAUGAAGGAGAUGGUGAAGGACAGGACCUCCAUGUUCAUCGCCCACAGGCUUUCCACCAUCGUGGAUGCUGAUGAGAUUAUCGUACUCAGUCAGGUAAGAAAGCGAGCAUGUUAUAUCUGAUCCGCGGGCCUCGGUUGAAACGUGGUUCAUUUUGGUCCUCUCCAGAAAAAAAAGCCCUCUUUCAAAUGGGUUCCUGCAGCCAAUUACGAGAGCGUCUACCACGCCGGGUGUUAACA